GUUGAAUCUUUCUCUAUAUAAAAAAAGUAGCUUUCAGUUUAAUUUUUUGGGGAUUUCCUGCCUUUUUUUCACACAAUAAGAAUAUUUUUCAUCAUAUCCCCUGUAGUGGCCAACAGAACAAAAAAAAAACAAAAACAGGAACUCUUUGAAAUCCAAACAGGCUGACAAGAAAACAAGAGCGUCACUUUUACCCUCCUGCUGUGUUGCGGGUCAAAUUCACACAUUUUAAAGUAAAAAAUCCAAAAGGAAAUUGUUAAAUUACUUUUCAGGUUGAAACAUCUUCUGCUUGGCUUAAUUAGCGUCACCAGCGUAGAAAAUGAAAACGGUUAAUUGCACGUAUUUGCAAACCCACCCUGAACAGAAGAGGUGUUUGGUGUUAUUUUAUCAACUCUAUGAAAAGAAAAAAAAAAUCAAGAUGUAAAAUAAAAUGAUUACAAUUGUAUUUUAUAUGCAAGUCGUUCCACAAACAAGUUUUAACAUGCAUUUUUUUAAUGAAAAAUAAGCAAAUUAUCCUCAUUGAACCGUGAUCUGGAGAGGUAAAGGACUCCAUAGCAUUAAAUAUUGAUAGAAAUGGUUAAUGGUGGAGUCAACAACGAGAUAUAAACAAUGUGUUUUGGGAUUUUUUUGGUUUCUUACACUUUUGGAUAAUUAGACAUGACCCAGGAACAUUUUUGCUGAACCUAACAGGAGGGUUAAGAAACCAAAACUGAACAUGAACAUACAUUAAACUCAACAGUCAGGAGGCCUGCGUUUUGUCUCAGCAUGAAAACAAAGUUCUCCUCGACCCACCUAAACACGAGAUAUGAUUGGAAAUGCUGGGAUGCCCUCUACGGAGCACAUCAGGGUUUAAUAGGGUAGCUCAAAUGAGUCAAAAGAUAUCGAUCAAAAACAAAUGUCCACUACGGAGGACAUAAAUGAAUGAUCUGAUUUCCCUGAAAAUCAACAUCCAGUGAUGCUUAUUUAUGGCCCUGAUCAACUGAAAAUUAGGGCUGUUGUAUUAACAUCUACUAGAAACUAACUGGCUGCUCAUAAAAGCAUUCAAAGGAGUUUUGUUUGGGUGUUUUUUUAAAUGUAUUUGCAAGUGUCUCACUGGACAGUAAAGGUCCACUAUCAUGUAAAUUUCCUGUGAUGAGCAGACAGAGAUAUGUGCAGAGCAGCAACAGGCUUUUUGACGUCAAUAGGAGGACGGCGGUGCUUUGAGUCGUGAGGUUUCCUCUUUAAACCGAAGCCUUAAUGCCACCAACACGUCGUGCGUGGCGUAACCAUACCCCCCACUCGCACAUACACACAACUCAAUUGGGGCCUUUUCACCGAACAAAAGCAGAACACAUCCGUUUGUGUGGGCAGAGUGUGCGAGAAAAGGAAGGAUGGGAGAGGCUCUUUUGGUGGCUGCACCUGUCCCAUUUCAUGAGGCUCUAAUAAGCAGAUAACAGUGGCAGGAUGAGGAAAAAAACAGGGAGAUACAGACUCCCCCAUUCGCCUUAUUAGAGGGAAAUUAAUUAGAUCCUCCUUUGAGGUCACGACUUUCCGUGAACCACCGUUUAAACCUUGAGUCGCCGUUGUUGUAUUUGUGACGUCUUGGAUGCAAGUUUUCUCCCAGUUUUGACCUUUUUUCCGUCCUCCAGCAGCUUUUUUCCUCCAUGUGUGAGUCUUUCAGGGUGUGACCCCAGCACAUGUGAUGUAGCUGCUCCUCGUCCAGGUCGGCCGAGUGUCGGUGGGCAUCGGCGGCGGCGUCCACGCCUGCGCACUGCAAGAGAAAGUCCUCCUUUGCUAUCCAUGGUGUGCUCUCAGGCACUCCAUCAGAGCCCUCCCAGCCUCGGGCUUUGCACUUUUACUUCCCCCCCUUUGUGACCGUUCCCUCUUCUCAGAGGCACACCAAAAAUAAGGUUGCCACAGCGAAAGAGUGAGCGAAAAGAGAGAGCUGGAUUGAAAGAUGCCUCAAUGAAAGUGAGAGCAAGCGCUACUCCAGCCACACGUCUCUGGGGAACAUGUCCAACGACGAACAUGAAGAAAAGGAAAAUAACAGAGCCUCUAAACCACAUUCGACACCGGCUACUCUGGAAUGGCUAGAAGAAAACUAUGAGAUAGCCGAAGGUGUGUGUAUCCCCCGAAGUGCCCUCUACAUGCAUUACUUAGACUUCAGCGAAAAGCACGACACGCAGCCUGUGAACGCAGCCAGUUUUGGAAAGAUCAUAAGGCAGCAGUUUCCAGCACUAACUACCAGAAGACUGGGGACAAGAGGGCAGUCGAAGUACCACUACUACGGCAUCGCGGUGAAGGAGACCUCCCAGUAUUAUGACGUGAUGUACUCCAAAAAGGGAGCUGCGUGGGUGAACGAGACGGGCAAGAAAGAGGUCACCAAGCAGACAGUGGCGUAUUCACCGCGCUCCAAGCUGGGGACGCUGCUGCCAGAGUUUCCAAAUGUCAAAGACCUAAAUUUGCCUGCCAGCCUGCCAGAAGAGAGGGUGUCGACCUUCAUCAUGAUGUACAGAACGCACUGUCAGAGGAUACUGGACACUGUUAUUCGAGCCAACUUUGACGAGGUCCAAAGCUUCCUGCUGCACUUCUGGCAGGGCAUGCCGCCCCACAUGCUCCCUGUCCUCGGCUCCCCCACGGUGGUGAACAUCGUCGGUGUUUGUGACUCCAUCCUCUACAAGGCCAUCUCUGGGGUGCUGAUGCCCACCGUCCUGCAAGCACUGCCUGAUAGUUUGACUCAGGUUAUUCGAAAAUUUGCCAAACAGCUCGAUGAGUGGCUUAAAAUAGCACUUCACGACCUUCCAGAAAACCUGAGGAACAUCAAAUUUGAAUUGUCGAGGAGAUUUUCCCAGAUUCUAAAGCGGCAGACGUCAUUAAACCACCUGUGUCAGGCAUCGCGGACUGUGAUAAACAGCGCCGACAUCACCUUUCAAAUGCUGGAGGACUGGAGGAAUGUGGACUUGAACAGCAUCACCAAGCAGACGCUUUACACCAUGGAGGACUCUCAGGAGGAGCACAGGCAGCUUAUUAUCCACUUGUAUCAGGAGUUCGACCGUCUACUGGAGGAGCAGUCUCCUAUUGAAGCGUACAUCGAGUGGCUGGACUCCAUGGUGGACCGCUGCGUUGUCAAGGUGGCAGGGAAGAGGCCCGGGUGCCUGAAGAAGGUGGCCCAACAGUUCCUGCUGAUGUGGUCGUGUUUUGGUACCAGAGUCAUCCGGGAUAUGACCCUCCACAGCGCGCCCAGCUUCGGAUCCUUCCACCUGAUCCACCUCAUGUUCGAUGAUUAUGUUCUCUACCUGCUGGAGUCGCUGCACUGCCAGGAGAGAGCCAACGACCUCAUGAGGGCCAUGAAAGGAGAAGGCAGCACAGCAGAGAGAGAGGAGGAGUUCACGCUGACAGAAACCACUCCCACCUCUCCGUCUCCGGCAUCCUACUCUCCUGCUCGGUCCGUCCACUCGGUGGGCGUCUCCUCGGCCAGCUCCCCCACAGCAGCAGCCGUGUCCCCCGAGUACAGCGGAGUCCCCGCCACCACAGGCGCUGUUCAGUCAUAUACCUGGUCCCUUACAUACACAGUGACAACAGCAGGCGGCUCCACUCCAGAGGCCGGUCAGCAGCUGUCCUGUAUGAGGAGCAGCGCCCCGGUCCCUCCUCCAUCUGCAGCCCACAGGAUGCCAGUGUACACCCACCGGGAGGAGCACGGUUACACCGGCAGCUACAACUACGGCAGUUACACCAACCAGCAUCCUCACUCCAUCCAGAGCCAGUACCCGAGUCUGGCCCAUGAGCCGGCGAUCCCAGCCCCCCUCCACUACUCUGCCUACCACCGCUCCUCUGCACAGUACCAACUCAACGGCCAGAUGUCUCGAAUGGAGCCCUGCUUGAUGGGCAGCACUCCCCGGUUGCACCCCACACCUGUCGCCCCCCGGUGGCCAGAUGUGUCCCCUGCUAACAGCUGUUACACCAGCCCACCUAUGCAUUCAUCCCGCUAUGCCACCUCUGGGGACAUGUACUCCCCGCUGGGCCCCCGCAGGAACUCAGAGUACGAACACUCGCAGCAUUUUCCCGGCUUCGCCUACAUCAACGGAGAGGCCACCACUGGCUGGGCCAAAUAGCCUUUAAACACUGCUUUGGACAUCCGUGUACGAGCUCCAGGCCGCCAGACUGGUGGAUGUAAAGCCUCUGAACUCUUCCAAUCAAAUGCAUCAAAAAACGAGGAGCAGAGAGUAAAAAGUACCAAUGUAAGGCGACAAGACUCACAGUAUGGACGUACUGACAAUUUGAAAAGACUCAUUACGUCAAUCACUCUGAUGGUUGUGGUGUAUUCUGUGUGGAGGUUUGUUAAAAGUUCUCCAGUGGAAGUACUAAAUCAUAUAGAUUGUCAAAACUUGCAGCAAAAUCAUUUGAAGAGUGCAAUGCUGCUGCCAAGCUGUGCCUUUGUUUUAAGGAAUGUACACCUCUGCCAGAGUUUCCCUCGUCAGUCCCUCCAUCAGCCUGUUUCUGACUCCAGUACAAUCUCCGUGACGCCGUGCAGCAUCGUGUCAUGAGCUCUUUGCAGCGGAUUUGUUUUCUGCGGGAUGAAGACGAACUGUUCUGCCUUAACCUUCUCCUGGGACACCGGUUGCAUUCAGUGGCACGAAGCCAAACCAUCACAGGUGACAGAUAUAAACUCCUGAAAGACCUGGAUCAGUGUGUGAAGGCGUGUCUGUGUCGGUUAGUCUUUUUUAAUGAACGCUGUGACUCAAAAACAAGUGUAUUCUGUUUUUCUGUGACUAUAUACACACACAUAUAUAUAUAGUAUGUAUUUUCUGUAACUUUGUAACAUGGUGUAUCCAUUAUUUUCUAUGUUACAAUCUGUUCUGUUUUGUAUGGUUAGUAAAGGACGCAUUAACCUAGGGUUGUGUGUUUUAUAAUGCACUCAAAGCUACUGAGGACCUAUUACCCUAUGGGUAUUUAUAAAAAGGGAAAAUAUCAAAGUGUACAGUAACAUGAAGUCUAGUCACUUUUCUGUAAAUAAAAGCACUGGAAACCAUCUGUGGUGACUGUUAAACUAUCACAGUUGAAGCUGAUGUGUGUUUGGGAAAUAUGGUGCCACAUAAAUAAUUUCACAAUUUAAAA